AUGGAGACAUCAUCAUCCAGCCUUCCCACCGCGAACACACUUUCUCCCCCAGACGACAUUCACAUGUGGACGCCGGCGCAGGAGUCGGCGCUGCUACAAGCCAUCGUGCGCUGGAAACCAGUGGGGAUGCACAAGCAUUUCCGGAUGAUCGCCAUCCGCGACCACCUCUUGUCCAGCGGGGCCAUCCACCCGGAGGACAUUCACACAUCCACGGCGGGGAUCUGGCGUAAGCUGGCGAGCCUGUACGACCUGGAAAAACUGGACGAGCGGGAAGACUCGAUUAUCUUCGACGGGUCGGGCGUGGGCGCCGCCAGCGUCGAGAACGAUGGUGGUGCCGCUGGCGGCGACGAGUCACGAAGUGUCAGCAGCUCCCGCGCCGCCGCCGAGUACUGGCGGGACUUCGAGUUGGUCGGGGAUGAGUUCGAGACGUUGAUGUGGGAGAGACGACGGAAUACUCAGUCCAGCGAGGAGAGCAGUCCCCUGACGCAGCCGUCCAGCCCGGACGUCAUGUCCGCCGCCACCAGACGGGAGAGCACCGUCGCCGAAACAGACGAGCCGCGCAGCUCGCCGGUGAGCGUCUCAGGUCGGGGUUCAGGAAGAGGCAGAGGACGUGGAGCCCGCGCGGGUGGUGGCGGCAGGCUAUCACGGCUGCAGAACCAACUGGAGACGGAGAGAAGCGAGCGGGCCGCGAGCAGACGGACGAGCAAGGCGCCGAGUGUGGUGGAACCGGACGAAGACCGCGUGAUGGAGGACGCGGCAGACGAGGAUGGCGACGAGGAGCACGAGGAGAGUGCGCCCGGGGAGGACGACGAGGAGGCCGAGAGCGGGGAUCACGAGGAAGAGGAAGCCGAGCAGAAGAGGAGCGGGCCCGUGAAGCGAGGACGGGGUGGACGAGGUAGAGGGGGGAGAGGGAGGAAACGGCGAAGAUGA